UUCUGAUGUCGCAGGGAAGAUUAAAGGCCACGCUUUUGGAUGUUGGAGGCUAAAUCAGUAAAGGCCAUAAAGCAUCUUUCAGCUAUACAGUUUUCAGGCAUUCUAAAGAUGCUGAGGUUCUUCAAAGCCAGGAGCUUGUUUAAAUGAUCGAAAUUAAUGAAUAGGUCUCCAUCUUUUCCGCGUGCUCUAGCAUCAGCUGCCUCCCUUGGUCUCGUGUCAAUGGCAGCUCUACUCCUUGCUUCUCCCAUUCCUGCAGCGGCACCCUCUCUGCCUCAGCACCCUGCUCCCGCCACUGUAGCUGUCCCCCCGAUGGAUCAACACAAUGCCCCCGCCCCUGCAGCAGCCCCCCCUAUGGAUCAACACAACGUUCCAGCCCCCCCUUUGGAUCAAGAGCCCGUUCCUGCCCCUGCAGCUGUCCCCCUUUUGGAUCGCCCCGCUCCGAUCCCUGUGGCAGCACCUCCUCUGGACCAACACCCUGCCCCACCAGCGGCUCUUCCUCAACGUCCUGUUCAUGGCGAAGCUGGAAAUCUUGCACACCAGCUGAAUGCAGCUGUCCAGGGUCCACUGCGACCACUCUAUGAAGUCAGGCAAGGGAAUAUUCAUCUGGGAGACGAUGUCUACCUCUCCGAAACAAAAAUGACGCACCUUUUGAAACUGCCAAGUGACCAGAGAUUCACUAAAGAUCUCAUGCGGUGCAUCUGGUCCAUCGAAGAGCUGCGGCAAAGAAGCGUGACAGGCCAAGCCAGCCGUCGCCUGGCCAAACUUGGAGCCGCAGCAAAGCAAGCACUCACACCAAGGAAGGUGGCCGCAGUAAAAAACGCCUUGAGCUACUACAUCAACCACCACCCAAACCCUGAGGCUGCCAACCCCCAAGAAGACCAUGCUGUCCGUCUGCGACAGAUUAACAAUACAAUGACGAACUUUCUUUCGGAUCUGGGCCGCCCUGCCAGGUGCCGCAGUGCAGAGUGAUUUUUUUCUGUAAAAGAAUGUUGAGUUGGGCAAGU